AUGGCGCAGCCAAGCUUGCCGUAUGCCCAUGCGGGCGCUGCUGAAGAUUACUACCGCCAGCACCAGGCUUCAUCGCCAGACCAUCAUCCCCUCGCACAAGAAUACUUCGCGGAGCGUUUUCAGAAAGAACUGGCAGCGCCGGUUAUUGUCCACGAUCGUGAGCAUCCCCAGCCGCCGCCACACACCUACGUCGCGGGUACCCCAGGGCCGCUGCACUAUGGCGUUCCUCUGUCCGAUGGUUGCGAUCCGGGAGUGUACGCCGUGUCAAAUGCCCUCUUCGAUACGAGUGGAGCCUUCCGGUCCAUUCCUCUGAAGCAGGGCCCCGUGUUCCGCCGCCGGCAGCGCGGUGACUGCCAGUCUGAAUGGAGCAACGCGUUUGUCAGCAGGGUGGACCCUUGUGAAUGCGGGUACCCUGAAGAGACAUACACUCCGUAUGAGGUUGCACGCUAUCGCGACCAAUACGGGAAUCCGCACACCACGCUUGACUUUACUCGAUGA